AUGGGAUGCGAAAUUUUGAAUGGAAACAAGGAAGGACAUGAAGACAGAGAAUGGACGUACAUAGGGACUAGGGGAGAAUCAAUUCUAAACUAUGGGAUUGCCAACGAAGACGCGAACGGAGAAGCAAGACUGCAGUCAGUAGAGAAAUCAAAAUACAUGAAUGGAAAAGACAUUUUAUGGAAUUAUUGGGAGAUUAGAGAUUCUAAAAUAACAGAAGAUGAAAUAGAAAGACAGAUUGAAAGACUGAAAAAAGGAAAGACACGGGGAGGGGAUGGAAUCCAGAACCAAGUGUGGAUGUUCGGGACAGAAGUAGUGAAAGAAAGAAUAUGGGAAGUAGUAGAUGGAGUUUGGAAGGGAAAAGGGUUUCCUCGGCAGUGGAGAGAAGGUAUAAUAAUCCCAUUAUUUAAAAAGGGGCAAAAAAGUAAUGUGAAGAACUACCGAGGGAUCAAAUUGCUCAAUACAGCGUACAAGAUAUACGCAAUGAUACUAGAUGAGAGGUUACGAAAGGGGAUGGAAGCAAUGGGUAUAUUACCAGACGGUCAGGCAGGGUUUAAGAAAGGAAGAGAUUUCAAAGCAGCGUUUGAUAGCGUGAACAGAGAGAAAAUGUGGGAGUAUUUGAGGAGAAAGGGAGCAGAUGCGUACCUGGUAACGAAAACGGAAGAAAUAUAUGAAGAAACAGUAAAUAAGGUGAGAGUGAAUAGAAUAGGGAACGAGACUUAUCCAGGAGAUAUAGAAGAAAUAUUCAGAAAAGCACAGACAGGAGGGGUGGUAGUCGACAAAAAGAAAGUGUGGUCGUUGGCGUACGCAGAUGAUUUGGUGAUUGUGUCAAAGAAAAGAGAAGAAAUGAAAACAAUGAUUAAAAGUUUCGUAUAA